CCGAUGGAGUACCAUAGCGGCAUAGCCCGCUGCAGGCUACACUGAGGUACUGAAAAGGGUCGGCCUUCCAUACCGCUCGAGCUUCCCCCCUUUCUUGCUCGCUCCUUUCAAACGUUGCCGGUCCCAAGCCCCACUCCUCGCUUCGACGUGCUGCGUCGCUAUAAAUACACGCACAUCCAGCCAGCCAGCCAUUGGAGGAGCUUCCAUUCCAUUCUCUUCAACCUCGUAGCCCCACUCACUCACCGGCCCCAGCUUCCCUUCUUCUUCGUCGUCGUCCUCUUCUACUCCUACUUCGUAUCUCAUUCUGUCCGCUCUUCCCCGUGCUGAACCAGAUGGCGAAGGCGAGGAGGCGUCGCGUGCCGGCGUUCGGGGAGUGGAACUACAACUACCACCACCACGAGCAGCAGGCACUUCCGCCGGCCGUUGUUGCACCGGCCGCGUGCUAUGCCACGCAGGAGCCGGAGCCGGAGGCCUGCAGCGACGUGUGGUUCAGGUACUCGCCGGCCCCGCGCAAACCCACGCCCAAGAAGCAGGCGAGGAGGCGGCACGAGGGCGACGUGUCCCGGGAGCAUUCGAAGGCGUCCUGGGACGCUUCCAGGCGGGUGGUGCGCCCGGUCGACGGGGACCUGUACCAGGUGCCACCGCCGGAGCUCGCCUCCCACCGGCGGCCAACGAAGAAGUGGAGCCUGUGGAUGGGAUGCCUGGGCCUCAGCUCAUGCGUCGCCUCCUGAACCCAACAUGCCGUGAUGAUCGAUGGGAUGCUGCGUGCGUCCUCAUCGGUGGUUUUUAUUUGCCCUUUCUGUUGGAUAACACUCCUAUAUAUUUCCGCCCAGUAUGUAAUAUAGAGUGUAUGUCCUGUC